CUUCAUUCACCAUUUUGCGACUGUAGAGUAGAAUGUACAGAGCAGUCAGUAGUUUUUCCUCCUUUAAGUUGCUUUACAGAAGAAAGAUAAUGUGACAGUCUGUUAAAUGUCAACCCUGGAUUUCCGACUAUAGGCCUACUAACGAUUCCCCUACUGACUCGAUAAAUAUCUGCAUUGAAAAUAAUUUUGUGGGUCUGGAAUAAGGUGGAAAGAGCUGGAGAAACAGAAAGAGGAAAGGGCGGGAGAAGAGAGAGAGAGGAGCUGGAAGAGCAGGGAAAUAGAGGGAGGAGAGAGGAACAAAGAUUCUGGACUCUGGAAAAAUUAAGCCACUGUAAAUAGUCAAGAAAACUCCCAAUGCAGAGAUGAAGCCGAUUAAAAAACAAGGAAGGCGCUCGCCCCCGUCGACCCGAGCCAAAGGGGGGAAGAGACGGGGGACGGGGGACAGUGGAGAGAAAAGAGACUCGGACGAGAACAGAGACCGAUCCCCCAAAAGUCAGACCUCACCCCAAACCUCAUCUCACUCAGAGUCUUCUCAGGAGGAGUCGGUGACACUCACAACGAUGGCCACGCCAGAGAGGGAGGGCCACAGAGAGGGGCCCCGGCUCCCAGAGACAACGGCCGCAGCAGCAGCUUCCCUCCCUGGGAAGUCGGAGGACUCCCGCCCGGGGAGCGUCAAGUCGCUGAGCGCCCACAGCACAGACAGCAGCAGCAGCACCGCCAGCGCCGCCAACAGCCCCAACCCCUCGUCAAACCGCAAGACGGCCACCUUCAAGGCCCGCGUCCCCAAGAAGAAGUACACCUCUGAGCACUGUGCUGCCGCCGCCGCCGCCGCCGCCAACCACGGAAACCCCGGCAACACCGGCGCGCCUCCACUGAACAGAAAUAGUGCUCACUGUGACAGUAACGCCGGAAGUCAGUUGUCCAGCUUAUCUUCGGGGCCCGGGUCGGCGGCGAGUGAGGGCGGUUCGCUCACUGACAUCAACAGUCAGACCAGGAGACCAGUGGAGGACUACAUUACCACUAUAGCUCCACCACAGGACAGGGACAACACACCUGGACCCCCUCCCACAGGGGACAGAGACAGGAGAGGCCCAGAGGGAGGCAGAGAAAUCUCCCCCAGCCCUGUCCGCUGCUCCUCUACAGACACGGCCAGCGAACACGACCUGGACGUGAGCGAGCCACACCGCUCAAACUCUCACCACACCAACCCCACCACCGAAGCACACACCCUGGCCCUGGUGCAACGUAGCACCCCGCACACUCCGACCCCACAGAGCCUGUCGGACGCGCUCGCCGACGCCCUGGCCAAAGGUCUAAAGAACCAGCGGGUGCUAGCCAGGCAGGCUCGGAGGAGGACUGGGAAGGGGGAAGAGGAGAACGGAGGAGGGGGGAGGGAGAGCAUGGACUCAGUGUUCAGAGCGGGCGUGGUGCGGCGGGUGAGCGGCGAGCACGGCAGCCUGGAGGUGCAGCUGAACGGUGAGAAGGAGCUUUACCGCUACCCGUUCCGUGAGGGCGCCCAGGGACCCGUGGACAUUAUCAUGGAUGCCCCGCCGCCCGGCUCCCAAGCCGUCCCCAUCGGCACCCCUGUGUGCGUGCCCUUCGGAGGUAACGAGGACGGCGGCACCACAGAGGCCCAGCGCCAGUGGUACCGAGAGGGCCUGGUCACCCAGGUGGACUCCCACCCGGCUGUGUCCUACCCCUAUAGAGUGUUGUUAGAGGAUAGAGUGCCCCCAGGGGAUGAGGAAGGGGAUGGCAGGGUGGGCACUCCGACCGCUGUGUGGGUGUCCCGUCAGAGCCUCCGCCUGCUGGUGCCCCCCUGGGACCUGGACCUGGGACCCUGCGGAGGGGGGCGAGAGGAAAGCGAUGCCGCCGCCAAGAGAGGGCGAGAGAGGGAGAGAGAGAAAGAGGACAGGGACGAGAUAGAGGUGGAGCAGGAGCUGUGUCGCCUCAGCCGUGGGAUGGGGCUCAGCGCAGCCGUGGCUGGGUCCGUGUUGGGGAGGCUUUCAUACCCUGGAACGGCCCCCGCCUCCUCGUCUUCCUCCACUGUCAGCUCCCCCGUCACCCCUGCCUCGGUGCUAAGUCUGGUGCCCGGAAGAGACUGGGAGCGAGAGAAGGACCUGGUGGACAGAGAGCGGGAGCUCCAGAGGAAACAAGAGAGAGAUAACCGAGAGAGGGCCAAGCAGCACCACCACUUCAUGCCCCUGACCCCCGAGGAGGACAUAGAGGUGUCCCACUUCAGCAUGGUGCCCAUGGGGCGGCGGGAGGGGCGGCCAAGGCCCUGACGGUGUC